AUGUCCAUUAUCUCUAUAAUCUACCAAGUCAUUAUCGGAAAGUCGAUCUCUAUACUCGUAAAUAUUUUUCUCUGCCUAGAGACAGCAGCACGGACUCUAGGUCGGUCUGCACCCCGCCUCAUGCAGAUGAAUGAAUCUCUCCAGAAUACAAUUAAAGUCAUGAAAAAGGCACGCAGCAACGCAAAGUACGAAGUAGUUUUUUCCUAUUAUGUCUCAGUGUGGUACAAAAACUGUGCUCAGUCAAGCGAAAGCUUUUCAAGAGCUAUUCUUGGCUUUUUCUUGGCGCUUGCUCGCGAGUCCAGAGUUAUGCGCAGCCUACAGUCUACACUUGGUUCACCAAUCAGGACACCCAACUCUGACCAACCAAUUCAACCACACAAUACUUUGGACAUCACUGAAUAA